AAUAUUUCGAACAUUUGAAAGUCAAAAUGUUAAUUAUCUUUGUUGCGAGUGGUCUUAAAUCAAAGACGAUGAUAAAGAGGAAGUAAUAGGAUAUUUCUUAAUCUCCGCACGAAGAUGUUUUAGUUAUUUUGGGUACAUUCAAAGAUCUUACCAACAAUGCAGUUUGAAUGGAAAGUAUUCCCUGCUAUUCCUCUGUUGAUUUUGUUCAAGUCCUUUGUAAACAUUGGAUGUUUCAAAACCUCAUUAUCUGACGUUACAUACACGGAUAUCGAAGAUUUGAAUGCAACAUGCAAGGGUUUAGAUUCCUGUGAAUUACCCAGAAGACAGAAUGUUGUUGAACAUUGCAACUGUGGCGUUUCCUGCAGUUAUCUAGGUACAUGCUGCGUAGACUCUAAGCAUAGAAACAAUUACAUAGUACCUUUGAAGAACGUCAAAUGCGAAUAUUUCCGAUAUGGUGAAAAAGAUCGAUAUUUACCCAUGAUUAACAGUUGUGAUCCCGACAUGCUUUACGAUGACAUUACCGAAAAGCUAUGCAAAAGCUAUAGAUAUGACGAUCCUUUUUUGGAAAUACCUGUUACUGAUCCUGUAACAGGUAUUUCUUAUAAGAAUUACUAUUGCUACGCUUGCAACAGAAACAAUGGAGAAGAACAACCAAUACCAUGGGAUUUAAAAAUAAAAAGUAAUUGCAUACGUCAUAAACUUAAUACCACGUCAAUACCGAAACUGAAUUCUAAUGGUCGUGAAUGGUUUCUGGCACUCGAGAAUAAUAUUGAAGUCGAAGUUUCCUUGCAUGCACCUUUCCCAGACAAAUUAAAAAAUGUCGUGCCUUAUUGUUAUAAUUUCGAAAUAAUGGCAGAAUGCGCUGAUGAUUGGACGGAUGACACUGUCCAUAAAAAGUGUCUGGCUUACAUGGCUUUGACUAGAAUUUUGAGCAAGGGUGGGCUAUAUAUUUUUCACUAUCGAAACCCGCAUUGCGCCGUUUGCAACUACAAGAGCAUUGAUGACAUGAUUUGUCUUGCAACGGAUGAAACACAUAGUGGUGGUAGCUCUUCGGAAACUGAUGUAUUUUUUAUUGAAUUAUCCUCACUGCAGGACGAAACAACGCGAUGUGGAAACAAUGAGGUAUAUGAUUAUUUUGCAAAGAAUUGUAGAAAGAUAAAGCGAGCCGGAUUUCGCAAUAAAUUCGGGUAAGAAGUAUUACAUAUGAAUUUGCGAUUUACGGUACAAGGAAAAAGUGUAGGUACAUUAAAGAGAUUUAGCACUUUCUCUUAGCGUUAAACAUUUUUACAUACGUAUGAUUGCCGUAAACCUUACAAUAUUGUUCCAUUCCGUUCCUUUUUCAAAAUUCAUCAGUCAUUUUUGGGACACAUGGUAACUACAGCGGAACUGGUUUUGCUAUGAGCAGAAAAAUACAAUUCGAAACUAAAUUUAUUACGUAACCCCCAAGAGAUUCAAAAAUUUUUGAUUAUGAUAUUCUUUUCGAAAUUAGAAAUUUCUAGUUUUUUUUUUUUUCAGUUUUCAUCAAACAAAAAAAAACCAAUAAAAAUCACGACUCAAAAAAUUUCUCCAUUGCAUCAGGCACCGUAUCCCAUCUAGUUAUAUUCCCUC